UGCUGCCGCUCCGGACCCGGACCCCAGGCCGCGGUGUGUGGACCCGGAGGGACGAGGCCACCUGCGGGGGUCUUCCCGGGGCAGUCCGGGGGUCUCUGGGAGCUGCCGGUGGCCGGCGGUCCCAGCGUUUGCAGUGUACCGCGUCCCCCGGGGGCGCUCCGCGGAUGCGCUGUGCGUGGAGUGCAAGGCCUUGACACAGCAAGCAAAAGAAAAACUCAGUGAAAGAGAGGAAACCAACAAAGAUAACUUUGGAAGCCCUGAAUGCAACAAAAUAAGAACAAUGGAUCUCAAGUUCAACAACUCCAGGAAAUAUAUUUCUAUUACUGUGCCGUCCAAAACCCAAACAAUGUCACCACACAUCAAGUCAAUUGAUGACAUUGUAGUACUUGGCAUAAAUCUCAGCAAAUUUAACAAACUUGCUCAAUUUUUCAUAUGUGUUGCUGGAGUUUUUGUGUUUUACCUAAUUUAUGGAUAUUUACAGGAAUUAAUAUUUUCAGUGGAAGGGUUCAAGUCCUAUGGCUGGUACCUUACUUUAGUGCAGUUUGCAUUUUACUCCAUAUUUGGCCUAAUAGAGCUUCAGCUUACUCAGGACAAACGGAGAAGAAUACCAGGAAAAACCUACAUGAUAAUAGCUUUUCUAACUGUGGGUACUAUGGGGUUAUCAAACACUUCCUUGGGCUACCUGAAUUAUCCUACCCAAGUCAUCUUCAAGUGCUGCAAAUUGAUUCCUGUUAUGCUAGGAGGAGUUUUUAUUCAAGGGAAACGCUACAACAUUGCAGAUGUGUCCGCUGCCGUGUGUAUGAGCCUUGGCCUCAUAUGGUUCACCCUGGCUGACAGCACAAUUGCCCCAAAUUUCAACCUGACAGGUGUGAUGCUUAUCUCCCUGGCACUGUGUGCAGAUGCUGUCAUCGGAAAUGUUCAAGAGAAAGCGAUGAAGCUGCACAAUGCCUCUAAUUCUGAAAUGGUUUUGUAUUCGUAUUCAAUCGGUUUUGUGUACAUUUUAUUGGGCUUGACAUGCACUAGUGGAUUAGGCCCUGCGGUAACAUUUUGUUCAAAGAAUCCAAUUCAGACCUAUGGUUAUGCUUUUCUUUUUUCCCUCACCGGGUAUUUUGGAAUCUCCUUUGUUUUGGCUUUGAUUAAAAUUUUUGGUGCACUUCUUGCUGUAACAGUGACAACCGGAAGAAAAGCAAUGACCAUUGUACUUUCAUUUAUAUUCUUUGCUAAACCCUUCACAUUUCAGUAUGUAUGGUCUGGUUUGUUAGUUGUCCUUGGUAUAUUUCUCAAUGUUUACAGCAAAAAUAUGGAUAAAAUAAGACUACCAUCACUCUGUGAUUUGAUAAGCAAAUCACUGGAAGGAAGAAGGUCAAGGACGUUGGCACAAACUGUAUAGGCGGUGAUUCAUCCUAUUUAACAUAGAAUGUGUAAGGGAAUAAUCAUGAAUUAACUUUCCAAAAGGAUUUUUUAUAAAAACCAAAGGAUCUGAAGGUGUUCUGUCUCUUUGUGGAUGAAUUCCAUACCAGCUGGCUUGUGGCAUCAGCUUUUCUUCAGAACCCUUGUCGGACUGUUCAGCUUCUGAAGCAAUCAAGAGAACUGCAUCCGGCACACCUUGCACUAAAAUGUCAGCUUGAAGGACUGUAAUUUCUAACAGUUUCUGGAGAAUUUCACUGGAAAUGGACCGUAGUGCAAGACUAUUGGAUAUCAUUAUAACAUAUCGAAAAAGUUGAUAUGUAAUAGCAGAAUGUUUUGUCUUCGUUCUCUUUCUGUGGUGGUGUUUAAUUGAUUCUCUGUUAUAAGAGUAAACUGAUGAUUUAGAGACUGGAGAGAAUAGCAUUCAUUACAAAUAAAAUUAUUCUAUGAUUU